AUGGCCGGGAAAAGUAAGAUUCUGUUCAUCGGAGGAACAGGAUACAUAGGAAAAUUCAUAGUUGAAGCAAGUGCCAAGGCAGGCCACCCUACCUUUGCUCUUGUUAGAAAAUCCAGUCUUUCUAGCCCUGCCAAAUCUAACGUCAUUAACAAUUUCAAGAAUCUUGGUGUCGAUUUUCUAACAGGAGAUUUGUUUGAUCAUGAGAGUUUGGUGAAGGCGAUAAAGCAAGUGGAUGUGGUGAUCUCUGCAGUUGGUCACUCUCAAUUAGGUAACCAAGACAGGAUCAUUGCUGCCAUUAAAGAAGCUGGAAAUGUUAAGAGAUUUUUCCCAUCAGAGUUUGGAAAUGAUGUCGAUAGGGUGCAUGCUGUUGAACCAGUAACAUCAGCAUAUGCUCAUAAGGUUAAACUACGCAGAGCUAUUGAGGCUGAAGGAAUUCCAUACACCAUUGUGUCAAACAACUUUUUUGCUGGGUAUUUCCUUCCAACUUUGAAUCAGAUUGGAGUUGCAGCUGCUCCAAGAGAUAAAGUUGUCAUCUGGGGUGAUGGAAAUCCGAAAGCGGUUUUUAACGUAGAAAAAGACAUUGGCACCUACACUAUCAGAGCAGUGGAUGAUCCAAGAGCCUUGAACAAAAUCCUCUACAUUAGACCCCCGGCCAACACCAUCUCAUUCAAUGAUCUUGUGUCUUUGUGGGAGAAGAAAAUUGGGAAGAGCCUUAAAAGGGUCUACGUUCCCGAGGAGCAACUUUUGAAGAAUAUUCAAGAAGCUCCUUUUCCAGAUAGUGUGGAAUUAGCACUUUUUCACUGUGUGUUUGUGAAGGGAGAUCACACCAACUUCGAGAUUGAACCAUCAUUUGGUGUGGAGGCUUCUGAGCUUUACCCUGAUGUCAAAUACACUACUGUGGAUGAAUACCUUAAUCAGUUUGUCUGA